CAAUCAUUACUGUAACUGAAAAAGCCAGGGAAAAAAGUAUAGUGUAUGAUCUCGUUUAUAUAAAAUUAUAGAAUACAUACACUAAUCCAGAGCAACAGAGAGCACAUUAGUGAUGUGGAGGUGGAAAUGGUAAGAGGGAUGAGAAAAUGUCUGUUACUAACUGUGGUGAUAGUUUCAUGGGUACACUACACACACACACACACACACACACACACACACACACACACACACAGAGGUCAAAUUAUAGCUGGGUAUGGAGGUGUGUACCUAUAGUUUCAGCUACUGGGGAGGCUGAAAUAGGAGGAUGGCUGGAGUCCAGGAGUUUGAAGUCAACAUGAGCAACACAACAAGACCUCAUUCUCAACAGCAAGACUCCAUGUCUCAACUGUCUCAAAACAAAACAAAAACACAACAAAUCUGGUCAAAUUAUCCACUGUGAAUACAUGUAGCUUGGUAUGCUCCAAUAAAACCAGGGGUAGUGGGUGAAGUUACAGUACUCUAAAUGCUAUCUGUUGUUCUUUUAGGAAGCUUAAAGGAAAAAAAUUCAAGCAAUAGUAAUAAGAAUGCAUUUGGAGCUCAAAACAUGAGCCAGCUUCGAGCCACCAAGUCCGGACUUCUCGUGAGUGCAGUGAUCUGCGUCUUCGUCUUUCUUUAUUUAAGAAACACACCUCCUGAGGAAGCCGAGGUGGAGCCCACUUACACAGCAGUGGUAGAAUGUGGCUUUUACCCAGAUGAACUGUGUUCAGCUUUAUUUGAAGGGAAAGAGGCAGCACCCCAAAUUGCAAGCCUCUGUAAAACCCCUCGAGCUUCUGAAAUGCUGGCUUACUUACGUGCACCAGGAAAGUGCUCCAGGAUUUCCCGGAGGUUGCGUUUCAUAACCACAGCCCUGUCUGCAGAGGAGGGAAAUUUCUCUCUGGCAUACAUUAUAACUGUCCAUGAGGAGCUGGUCAUGUUUGUGCAGCUCCUCAGAGCGAUAUAUGCCCCUCAGAAUGUUUACUGUAUUCACUUUGACAACAAGGCCCCAAGGAGGAACAAGGUGGCUGUCCAGACCCUGGCCAACUGUUUUGAAAACAUCUUCAUCUCAUCAAGGCGACAGGAGGUGGCAUAUGCUGGUUUUACAAGGCUACAGGCAGAUAUUAACUGCAUGAAAGCUCUCGCUCAUUCCGAGUUCCAGUGGAACUAUGUCAUUAACCUCUGUGGACAGGAUUUUCCAAUCAAAACCAACAAGGAAAUCAUACACUACAUCAGAAGCAAAUGGAAUGGAAAAAAUAUCACUCCUGGACUAAUCCAACCUGCAAACACUAAGCCCAAAACUGCUCAAGGUCAUCCCAAGUCCAGUCCUGAAGGAAGUAGCUAUGUAUCUCCAAAUGAACGAUUCAAAUGAGAGCCACCUCACAACUUAACAAUUUACUUUGGAAGUGCCUACUAUGUACUUACGAGGAAGUUUGUAGAGUUCGUACUGACUGACAUUCAUGCAAAAGACAUGCUUCAGUGGUCCAAAGACAUCCACUGCCCAGAACAGCACUACUGGGUAACCCUGAACCGACUAAAAGAUGCUCCAGGUGCUACACUAGAUGCUGGCUGGGAAGGAAACAUCCGAGCCAUGAAAUGGAGAACGGAGGAAGGAAGCAUUCACGAUGAAUGUAAAGGCCAUUAUGUCCAAGAUGCCUGUGUAUAUGGACUAGGAGACUUGCCAUGGAUAAUUCGAUCACCUUCUUUGUUUGUCAACAAAUUCGAGCCCUCAACAGACCCCCUUGUGGUCACAUGCUUAGAGAGGCAGCACAGACUUAAAGUCCUAAGGGAGGCAGAAGUCCCUGUAGAACCACACUGGCAUUUUCAACAGGAGAGUUAUUUUAACAUGAAACUGAAACACUAAAGAGCGUUUUUUUCCUUGU